GUGUUUUGCUUUGUAGGAGUUACACUUAGUCUGAUCGCGGGUGGAUACUCAGAAUAUAGCGAAGACACAUCGAAACUGCGCUUGUGGAGAGGUACAUCUGUACUUUGCAGCUAUUCGAGUGAAGCGCAACGCGUCGGAUUGGAGGCUUUUCUUCGCAAGGUCAAAACAACCUAUUACAAGAUGAAUCCAAACAAUGUGGUUUAUGACCCGGAUUCAACACCUGAAUCAGUCCGACGAGAAUUCUUUCCAUACAACUCCCAUCCAAGCGCGAUUCGAAGGCGAACGGACGCUGCGAGAGCUCUUUACCAAGAAGCCAAUAAACUCGAGAACAAAGUGAGUAGCAACAAGCUUAAGCCUCGCGAGAGCAAGGCAAUAGCUCAAGUGAAACACUUUCUACAAAGCAACUUUGGAGCGCCCUACGAAGAGAAUUACUAUGCUGGAGACUGGAUGCUUGGACCUGGUUCAUUCUGUUGGCAUCCAAUAUGUAACAUGGGCUACGAUCUGCAGGCUCAUUUUACCUACCAGGGGUGGGGUAUACAGCCUAAGACGGAAGAUGAUGUGAGCUGUGUGAUAGAUCGGCUAAAGCUGGUGAGAGAUUCGAUAUUGCAGUACAUUGAAAACAUGAAAUACGGUAUAAAGGUGGGAUUUGUACGUUCAGCGGAAGAUUGCCAAUAUGGAUUGUACUCCUUACAGCGAGCCUACAUUAAAGUCUCCCAAUUUGGGCCCAAGGGUAGGUAAAAAUUCAUGGUUGUAGCAAUCUUGUUUCAGCUUGAUACGUUUCGGAGAUCAUUCGGAAGAGAGCGAUUUUAUAAAGACGUGAUAAUAAUUAUAAUGCACCUUGUCUUUAAAAGAAACUGUAAUGCUGCGUCGGUGGGAGGUAUUUCAAAAUAAUUUGUUUUUAUCAACAGAGUUGAUAACGUACAUUGACCACCGUAAAGAGUUUCUAGGGCUGACGUUUCGAGUGUUAGCCGUUCGUCAGGGGGAAUGGCACGUUUCAAAGGAGGAAAGUAUUUUUAAAGCUUGGUAUAGAUCAAAAGCCACUCAUUCAAAUGUCAUUGACCGAAAUUAACUGCAUCGUGAGGCCAACGCUUACUCUUUUCAAACUUAUGCGAUUUUUUAGACUUAUUGCACUGAUCCUAUAUGUUUGAAGGUGUGCUGAGAGAAUCAUUCACGCAACAAAUUGUUGAUCCAAAAUGGCUGGCAAAACUCGAUAAACGCACCUUUGACACAUGGGAGAAGAAACACAAGGUCUCUGUUAAUACCUCCAUAAAUGAGGCUUUGGUGGCGUACGUAGGGAAACCACUGGAUAAGUUAUUAACUUACUUGGCCUUCAACCAUUCGCAGUACUGCGCCCCGAGUAUAUUGUCCAGCGGCUUGGCUUCGCUACCUUUAUCGUACAUUUACAAGUAUGGAAAAAAUACGAAAAUACGAACUACUGGAAAACUACCUACUGGAGAGUCCUUGAAUGGAAAAAGAGCCUACGAGAUGAUGCUUCCUUACUUUACGACAAUAGAAAUGACACCGGCUGAGGUGUAUUCCUUAGGGGAGAGAAUGCUUGGUCAGCUUUAUCCAAAGGCAGUUGAAAUUGCUAAGAAAAUUACAAACAAAACAUGUGAAGACCAAGCCAUAGAAGAACUUAAGAAACAUUUGGAAGAUCGUAGCAUGUAUUUCAACGACGAGAAGAUUCCACAGAACGAGAGUAACAAAGACGCAUUUGAUAAGUGCACCAGUAUGGCGAAGGCAAAGAUUUACUGUCCCAAGAGAUAUCAAGCUAUGAAGGCGUGGUUUGAAUAUGUGAACUGUAAGUAUUUUAUCUCAAUGGAAAACGUGAUAUAAAUCACAUAUCGACGCAUUCAGUCGCUUUGUUUGAGGAACUUCAAGAAAGGAGUACUCUCGCAUGUGGGACAAUUACAUCUAAUAGGUCAGGCCUGCCAAAAGAAAUUUGUGGCCUAAAAGAAAAGAAAGUAAAAUAGCUUAAAAGAGUAGAGAGUUUAUAUAGGCAAAAGGGAAGUGUGUCAUGUGUUACAUAACGUGACCGAAAAUCAAUGAGCAUUUUGGCUGCCAUACUAAAAAGUAACUCUGGUUAUUUUAACUAAUGCCUAAGUUUUCCCCGUCAUUUAAUUAUUUUAUCCAGCUCUGCUUGGUGAUCUCGAACCAAAAACGACUCACAUGUUUUAUUUCACUGGUGAACAUCAAAGCACUCCAAAUUGUCCGGUUCAGUUGGUCUCAAAUUUCAAUCCAGGGACUGGAUCCCAGAGUUACAAAUCCAGUGAUAGCGAUUGCACCAAACCUGCGCAGUAUAGACUGCCGUUCUUUAUGAAGGACCUGGGACCAAAAUACAGUGCUCUCUCAGUUGCUGCACACGAGGCAAGGCCUGGGCACCACACACAGGUAUACGCGGAUAACAAGAUAUUUCUAACCGCACUUUCCUUACUCAGUCAUGUAAAUUUUUUUCUCACUCAACAAUAAUUAACAGAUCAUCACCGAAGUGGAGGUGGCUAAUGGGAGAUAUUUACCGGGCCGCGAAGAGGCGAGUUAAAUUUUAACUGCUAGCCACCGACACUGAGGUGAAUAGUUGUUUUGGUAUGUACUUGAUAUAACAUAAAAAGAUGAUUUUAAUUCAUUUAGUCCUGCAAAGAUUAAAAUAUUUUCGCACCCAAAUUCCGCGCAAAUACUUGGAGGUUAAUAGCAAAAGAUAUUCGGAGUUUAAAUAGCCAAUCAGAGCGCCCAUUCAACACUCUUCGCUGGUUUAGUAUAUUCUAAAGCCUGUUAUCGAUCAUGUGUAGUUACUUACAGCAUGGAUCCCCACAUUACGAUUGCAUACUGCUGAUCUUCUUAUCUCCUCAGUUUACAUUCUCUUUCAACAAUAUUUGCACCCAUUGUAAUGGGACACCUUUAGACUUACACAAAUAAGAUAUAUUCAUGUAUCCUGCUGUGGUUAGUCAUAUAUAAACAGACGUAGAUUGGAACCGUUUUUUCGAGUACCUCAGCGUUUUGUCGUCGUUUGGUUUACUAGAGUCAAGGUUUCAAGGAGUUAUUUUAUGACAAGUGCGAGGAUGUUAUCAGUUGGUUGAACGGCAUCUCUUAUUAUACUGCAUUUACGGAGGGCUGGGCUCUAUACGCUGAGAAUCCGCUGAUCGCUACAGAGACAGACGCUUAUGCCGACAAACCGCUGCAGCUGUAUGGCAUGAUCAAGUGGCAAAUAUGGCGGGCACUGCGCUUGAUGAUAGACUCUGGGCUUCAUUAUAAAGGUCGGUUGAAGUAAAGAAUUUUUUUGUUUUUUGUCGAAAAUAUUCCAGGCCUGUAUUGGUUUUUCUUUGCAGUACUCUGCAAUUUGUCUGGAAAACUCGUGUAACUCUUGCAACCGAUCAGAUACAAACUAAAGCAAUCGCGAGUGGAUCAUUCGUGUUUUUCUGCACUUGAAGCGGAAUGCGCGUUUUUACAUUCAAAUCACAUUACUUCAAACUUUGUUUCUGUGACACGCAAUACAAAACAACUGCAGGAGUAUCGAAACCCGAGCACUUGUCAAAACGUAAGUUGUGUGUAUAACCUGUGUCUCUUUCACUUAUACCCUCUGAGGAUUGGCAAUCUUAUUUUCUCUCCAAGAAUGAAACGACGGGAAGCGUUGAAACUCUUUGCCGAGAAAGCCUGGGACAGAACUGACAAAGCCGAGAAAGACGUUACAAGGUAUCAAAGCAACCCGGGUCAGGCCACCGCGUACAUGAUUGGUCAGCUGCGGAUAUGGCAAGUGCGAAAUGAUACCAAGGCUAGAAUUGAGGCACAUAAAAAGAUUUUCAAGGAAAAAGACUUUCAUUAUCAGGUUUUAUCACAAGGAUCCUCGCCACUGACUCAUUUGGAAAGUCACAUGAGGAAAUUUGCGGACUGCGUCAUUCAGCCACAUUCAGAGGGUUGCGAGUACAUUACAAGGAGCCUAAGUGACGAAAUAGUCAUGGAUGAGGUUGCCAAGAAGCCCCAUAAACCAUUUCGAGACCAACCAUAUCAAGAACACUUUGAUUGA